AACGGUACUUCGUACUAAUCUCUUGGAACUCCUUUGCACACUCUCAUUAUGGAACAAUGGCUAUGCACGCGUUGGAACGCAUUUGGGGUUUUGACGCCUCGCCUAAAGCACUGUAGAAAAUGGUCAAAAAUUUGAGUUCAACCCUAACGUCCCCAGUUUGUGGUGAAAUGUCAUACACUUACACUAUUAUCCUUGACUGCAUUUGACAAACCUCAUUGUUAUUAUUAUAAUCUGUCAUUAGAUCUUUUCUUAGACUGAACACUAGCCAGUUAGAAACACAGAAUAUUAAUGAUAUUCACCCCCCGUCCUCUCUUGUUUCCAUCGCCUCAAGUCAUUCUCAAUGGAGUUGACGCUGGCCCCCCAAAUACCAUCCUAAGGUUAUUGGCCAUAAAGGAGUAUCUUUGCCAAAGACUGAACCAUAGCCAAUUAUUUAUAAUAUUCAUCCUCUUCCUCUUGCUCACAGCGUCUCAAGUCGUUCUCCCUGGAGUUGACGGUGGCCCCCAAAUACCAUCCCAAGAUCAUUGGACGCAAGGGAGCGGUGAUUGGUAAGAUCCGUUCCAGGCACGAAGUCAACAUCCAGUUUCCCGCUCGAAACCAAGAGGACCAGGAUACCAUCAAGAUCAUGGGAUACGAGGUCAAUGCCCAGGCAGCCAAGGAGGAGAUCCUAGCUAUCGUCAAAGAAUUGGAGGAUCAAGUCUCUGUUGAACUUGACAUUGACCAUCGCAUCCAUCGGCGUUUGAUCGGUGCCCGCGGCAAGGCCAUCAACCGCAUCAUGGAUGAUUACAAGGUGGACAUCCGUUUCCCACGAGAGGAGGACCCUAACCCCAAUCUGGUGGUGGUCACUGGUGACGCAGAUAAUGUUGAUGAAUGCUGCGAUUAUCUCAAGAACCUAGAAGAAGAAUAUAUGAUGGAUGUGACCGAGACCGAGGAGAUGCAACAAUACAUCAGAGGUCCCAGCCGCAAAGAGGAAACGCCCAAGAGCACCAACAACGCCGGCUUUGUGAUCCGCGAUGCACCCUGGAGCAACCCACCCGACACCUCCAACGUCAAUGACUUCCCGUCUAUCGGUGGACCGGGACAGGCACAGGCUCCCAAACCAGCCCCGUCCUCCUCAGCUCCUCGCUGGGGGCCAGCUUACAAGCGUUAAGUGAUAAGAAGGGGUACCCGCACCGAAUGCUUUUCCCCAUUUCCUUUCCGUUUUUCCUGUAACAAUCCAAGUACACUUUGGGGAGGAUUAAGGAUUCAUGGGGAAGUAGGGAAAAUGCAACCCAAACCCCAAAUGAUAUAACUAUUUUGAAAGAGAUUAAUAAAAAAAAAACCAUGCAAAAGGACAGUAAUUUAGGGGACCAGGAUUAAAUGUUUAUGUUGAUGCAAUUUUAAACAAAUAAUGCUUGAUGUUAUACCACUCGUGCAUCUCAAAUUAUUUUCAGAGGGAGUCUUGAAAGUGGCUGGAAGAUCCUAAGACACCAUGUCACCGCUUUUCUAUUUAUUAAAUGAAUAAUAGCCUUGAUUUACUUUCCCAUGCUUAGAAACUUUGUUGAAAUGUGGUCAUUUUAAUUGAUGAGAAAAUGUGAAAUAAUCCCUUGUUCUCAUUAACAAUUUCCAUUCAUUAAAAGUGCACUUUACUUUUUAUCGAUAUUUUGACAUUGCUCUAUCAUUUUUAGUUUAGUUAUUUAUGUCUUCUUUCUCUUGGUCAUUAUUUGAAUAGAGACCACCUAUAUGUAGGAUAAUGUAUUGGCUUCAGUGUAAUUUUGUUUUUUGCUGGACACGUUUAAUUGAAUUAUAACCUUACAAGGCAAUUUUUAAAUUGAUGCUGUAUUGUCACAAUGAAAUUUUCUUUAAAAGAUGUAAUCAUAAAGGCUAUCGAUGUAACUGCCGUAUUUAUUGAAAUCCAAUCUUUUACUGAAAAUUCAUCGCAUUUUUACUGUGUCUUUGAAAAUUGAUUGGAGCCUAAGCAUCUGCAUCCCGUAGCCAUCACAUGUGGUAUUAUUCUAUCAGCAAUAAAAAGUAGAGGCAGAAUUAUGAGUUUACUAGUAUAAUCUGUUCUUGUAAGCAACACAGAGCCUUCAGAUUAGAUUAUUUUCGGGGGAAAAUAUCUUUUUAUUAUGUAAGUACAAAAUGGAAUGUUGUAUUUUUGUAGUGUUUCAAUGAUAUGUAUGUUUAUGUUGGCCAAGGGGGGGGGGGGUGUUCGUAGAGUAGGUAAGUAAGAAAUACUGGGAACCCAUUUUCUUGGUUUUUCUCUCCAUUUUGUCCAUCUUCAUUUAACGACCAAAUUUAUGAUAUAGCAAGCGGCGACUGCCAUUCGGUAUGUGUAUGUAUGGUAAUAUAGUGAUGAUAUGUUCAAGUUUUGGUAAAAUACUGCUUUGCUUGAGUUAAUCCUUAUUUUGUGAGGUUUUUUUGUUUUAUUCUUUUGUGAUGAUGAUAAGGAAGAUCCAGUGCUGUUGAAUUUUACAUAUUCUUUGUUGUAAUAAAGGUGAUGACUUUACUCCACUCAGAGUGAAAUGAAAUGAGUUACGCAAAUAAUGGAUGAAGUUUUAAACAGUCAAAAAUGGAAAUAAUAAAUAAUGAGAAAUAUUUUUUUUUUAGUUCAGGAAUUUUACGCUGCAAAGUUAUUUGACUUAUUGAAGAAAUCACUGGUUAUUUUAAUUUUAUUCUUAGCCAAGAAAACUAUUCUUUGUGCAAUUCACAGGGAUAUGUGAAUGAAAAUGUUUUUUUUUAAAGCAUUUGAGAAGUGGUGUUUAAACUAUUAAGAAAUUGCUUUUGUUCAUAUCUUGUACACCUGGAUAUACAGUUCGACUUCAAAUUAGAUACAUGUAUUUUCUAAUAUUACUUUUAUUUCAGUAUCUUUCAUCUUCUAGCUUUUCAUUAUAUAUGUAAUAUUUUGAGUGAGGAAAUCUUAGGUGGGAUUAGGGUACAUAUAUAGCGAUAUUUUACUCUUUAGCAUGAAUAGAAAAGUGGAGUUUAUUUUUCUCAAUUGAAAUGUUCAAUUUUACUACUUUUGUUGAUGAGAUUGUGAUGUAUUAUGCAUUGCUUAAUUGCAAUGUACAAACUAUAUGAAAUGUCAAUUUGAAUGAAGAAAGGCGAUAGCCCUUUCUGUACUUACAAUUUAUACAAAGAUAUAUAUGUAUAUGUAAUUACUUGAAUAGGAUAUGGGUAGAGGUAGUAUUAUUUUUUGGUUUCAACCUUUGAAAUUUUAUAUCAUUGCUUUAAUGACAUACAGAAAAAGCUGUAUAGAGAGUGUGUUGCUUACCUUAAAAAAAAAAUUAUGUAUGAAGAUUCAUGCAUGUUGACAUAUGUAAAUGAAAUGUAUUCUUACCACAUGCGUAAAAAAACUGCUCAGUCUUGUUGACACGUACGUUAAGAAAGGACUAUUUCCAUAUCUUUAUCAUCAUGAUUGAUUUUGUAUGCCAAAUGUAAGAUUAAUAAAUAAACUUACGGAUGCCACUGUCAACAUUA